UCUUCGUCACAUGACCACAAACCUAUUUCCGCUACGGCUGGUGAGAGGGGACAGUCCCGGACGUUCCGCGUCUGUCCCGGCCCGCUCCGCGGGUGCCUUGCCCGGGUUGCUUACUUGCAGGCACUCGUCCAACGAACGGUCUGUGAGAGUGCCCCGGGAGCCGGCGGGCGGCGGCCCUCUGCGGGACUCUGCGGAGGGCCCAGGGGGACACCAGUGGCUCCAAGUCCAGCCCAUACACAGUGAAGCAAGUUAAGGAUUUAAUAUGAAGCACAGAAACAGAUAGUGCCAGUAGCAAGUGGUACUUGGUACACAUUUCUGGAAAAGCAGUGUCCGUGUUAUGUACACCUCCAAAAAAGUUCAGAUCUGUAGGGGAAUUGUGUAAAGUAAACUGAACUGCAGGGUAGCAGUGUUUUAAUAGCUAUUGUAGGCGUGUCUUUACUGUAUUAAAAUGAGUAAAAGAACAAGCAGUGACACACCACUAGGAAGGGUUAGUGUGGCAGCGUUUCCUUCUCCCACUGCUGCUGAGAUGGCAGAAAUUAGUCGAAUUCAGUAUGAAAUGGAAUACACCGAAGGUAUUAGUCAGCAAAUGAGGGUCCCAGAAAAAUUAAAAGUAGCACCACCAAAUGCUGACCUGGAACAAGGAUUCCAAGAAGGAGUUCCAAAUGCUAGUGUGAUAAUGCAAGUUCCAGAGAGGAUUGUUGUAGCAGGAAAUAGUGAAGACAUUUCAUUUUCAAGACCAGCAGAUCUUGACCUUAUUCAGUCAACUCCUUUAAAGCCUCUGGCACUAAAAACACCACCUCGUGUACUUACGCUAAGUGAAAGACCACUAGAUUUUCUGGACUUAGAAAGACCUCCUCCACCCCCUCAAAAUGAUGAACAGAUCCGUGCAGUUGGCAGGCUAAAAAGAGAGCGCUCUAUGAGUGAAAAUGCUGUUCGCCAAAAUGGACAGCUGGUCAGAAAUGAUUCUAUGUGGUACAGAUCAGAUUCUGCCCCAAGAAAUAAAAUUUCAAGGUUCCAGACUUCGAUUUCUGCACCGGAGUACACUGUGACACCAUCGCCACCACAGGCCCGGGCCUGUCCUCCCCAUAUGUUACCUGAAGAUGGAGCUAAUCUUUCCUCUGCUCGUGGCAUUUUGUCGCUUAUCCAGUCUUCUACUCGUAGGGCUUACCAGCAGAUCUUGGAUGUGCUGGAUGAAAAUCGCAGUGUAAGAAGACAAAAUGAAAUACGUUGUGAAAGACCUGUGUUGCGUGGUGGGUCUGCCGCCGCCACUUCUAAUCCUCAUCAUGACAACAUCAGAUAUGGCAUUUCAAAUAUAGAUCCAACAGCUGAAGGAGCGGCAGAUGACAUGAAUGUUGUAGAUGCAGCUUCAUUAAGACGACAGAUAAUCAAACUAAAUAGACGUCUACAACUUCUAGAAGAGGAGAACAAAGAACGUGCUAAAAGAGAAAUGGUCAUGUAUUCAAUUACUGUUGCAUUCUGGCUGCUUAAUAGCUGGCUCUGGUUUCGCCGCUAGAGACUCUGCUACAUCUUUAUUCCACGAAUGAAUAGAAGAAACAUGUCUUUGGACCCAUGGAACUUAAGAUCCUACGCAAGAGAGUGAAAUAUGAGGAGCAAGCACAAAUGGAAAUGCUAUUGCCAUUGUGAUAAAUGCUGUGAAGGAGAGAGUAAAGUUGGGGUGCUGGUGCACACCUGUAACCCCAACACUGGCAGACUGAGGGAGGAGAGUCAUGAGUUCAAGCCCAAUCUGAGCAACGUAGUAACUUAGCAAGACCCUGUCUCAAAACAGGUAGGGAGGUGGAUAGAUGGAUGGAUGAAAAGGGCUAGGGAUGUAUCUCAGUGCGGAGGCCCUGGGUUCAAUCACUAGUGCCAAAAAAGGAAAAGGAACCCACUUCUCAUUAGCUGGUUAAGCCUAGUCACUCGGGGGGAAUAAGUGGUGUUUGCCCUAAAAAAAAGAAGACAACUCAACCAGAGACAAGACAGGUGGGGUAUAGGAGGUAGAGAUCGAGGCCUUUUAAGUACCUUAAGUAGAAAGUACUGAUGAAUAGAUGGAUGAGGACAUGGCCCCCUGUUCUCCUAAAUUCUGUAGUGACGGUGUACAGAAAUGCCUGCUACGUGUGUCGGGAAUGAUGAUCGGGGCUUUGUUGAGUGCUAACUCACUGGAAUUAAGUACGCUGAGAAGGCCUCCUCAAGCAGGUUUUAAGCCAGGCAUUACAAAAAAUGAGCAUGUGUAGGAUUGUAGUAAAUGAGUGUAGCAAUAAAAUAAUGAGUUUAAAUAAACUCAUAAGUUUUUAAUGUUACUAAUUUAUUUGGACAGCUAUAAUGUCAGAUGUUUCUGGAACCUUAAGCCCAACAAACAUUCUAAAAAUGGAAAUAAAAUGCAGAAGUGACAGCAUUCAGAAAAUAACAGAUUCUUUAGUUUUGUCUGUUUUAGAGCAUUUUAAUAUGACAAAAUACAUGGUUUGGUUAUCCUGUCUUUUAAUGGUUGUCAUAUGUAGAAACCAGCUUUUGAAAGACUGACUUUUUCCAAGGCGUUUUUAAAAAUUAUUACAAAAAUGUUAAUGUAGGAAAAUAGAGUAUAAUAAAUUGCCAUGUACCCGUCACUUAACUAUAACAAUGAACAUUUUUUUUAACUUGCUUUGGGGGGAUGGGGGUUGAAGUAUUUUAAAAACAUGACCAUCCCUCUAGCAUAUAAAUACACAUUUCUUUAAAAACUAAAGACAUUUUCCUGUAUAACCAUAACGCCAUUAUCAAAUCUAGCAAAAUUAAUUUCUUAAUGUCAUUUAACCCAAUUGUUGUGUAUGUUUGCCCCAGUUAUCCCUACUAAGAUCUGGGUAAUACAUUUAGCUCAAACAUGCCCCCACCUGCCUUUAAUUGUUUCAGUGUUUUGUUUGUUUGGGUUUUUUAACCAGUAGUGAGGGUGGAACCCAGGGCUUGUGGAUUGAACUGCGUCCCUAGUCCUUCUCCUUGUGAGAGCAAGGCCUAAACUGGCCUCCUGCCUCUGCCUCCAUGUCCCAGAACACUGGGAUUUCCCACGGGCACCACCGUGCCUGGCUUCUCUUGUUCUCUAAAUCUAGGACGGUUGCGUCAGCCCAUCCCACCACUUUGGUUGGUGGAGCUUUUCACUAACAUUUUCUUGUUGAAAAUGGAGCUAUUGUUUACUGUCCCACCUUUUGGAUUUGACAGUUUCUUCUCCCUGUAAGCUGGUAAUUAGGUCCAAAGACUUUGAUUACCUUCAGGCUCUAUCUAUAUUGUUUUCUUAAGUAUAAAAGAAUAUAAUAAAAACUCACCAUAUUAUUUGCGCA